GAAUAUGAAAUGGCAAGAAUCAUAAUUUGUGUUGUGUUGGUUUGCCUGAGUGCGUGUUGUAUAUUAAGUGCGGAUGAAGACAGCGAUGCGAUACAAAAGCCGAUUUAUAAGAGUCCAGAACCUUCCGAUUUUGCUCACCUAGCGGAAAACUUUGAUAGUGAGGAGAGAUUUAGGAAUUCAUGGAUAUUAUCAGAGGCGAAGAAGGAUGACAUUGAUGAAGACAUUGCUAAAUACGAUGGAAUUUGGUCCAUCGAGGAACCUAAGAGACAUGGCGAGGAUGGAGAUUUAGGAUUAGUGCUUAAAAGCAAAGCUAGACAUGCUGCCGUUUCUACUGCAUUAAAUAAGCCAUUUUAUUUUCGAGACAAGCCCUUAGUUGUACAAUAUGAAGUUAAUUUCCAAGAGGGUCAGGAAUGUGGCGGUGCCUAUCUUAAGUUGCUUACAUUAGAUGAUAAAAAUAGAGACUUGAAACAGUUCCAAGAUAAAACACCGUAUACUAUAAUGUUCGGGCCCGAUAAAUGUGGCAAUGAUCACAAGCUUCAUUUUAUAUUUAGACAUAAGAAUCCAUUGAACGGUACAAUAACAGAAAAACACUGUAAAAAAUCAAAAGAUCGAAUGGAAGAUUAUUUCAAAGAUAAAAACCCGCAUUUAUAUACUCUGAUCAUACGGCCUGAUAAUAUGUACGAAAUCAAAGUAGAUAGUAAAAUGCAAAACUUAGGUUCAUUACUGGACGAUUUUGCUCCUCCUGUAAACCCACCUCUAGAAAUAGAAGAUCCUGAUGAUAAACAGCCUGAGGGUUGGGAUGACAGAGAAAAGAUUCCCGAUCCGUUGGCAGAAAAGCCCGAUGACUGGGACGAAGAUGCUCCAGCACAGAUAGUUGAUGAGGAAGAUAUUAUACCAGAAGGAUGGCUCGAAGAUGAACCGCCCAUGAUUCCAAAUCCGGAUUCAGUUAAGCCCGAUGAUUGGGAUGUUGAGAUGGAUGGUGAAUGGGAGCCUCCGGAAGUACCAAAUCCAAAAUGUACGGAUGUUCCUGGUUGUGGACCGUACAAGCAGAAAAUGAAGAAAAAUCCACGAUAUAAAGGAAAAUGGUUGCCGCCACUUAUCAACAAUCCUAAUUACAAGGGAAAAUGGAAACCUAGACUUAUACACAAUCCUGAUUACUUUAAUGAUGAACAUCCGUUUGAAAUGUUACCAAUUAGUGCUAUCGGUUUUGAACUGUGGUCAAUGUCUCCUGAUAUAUAUUUUGACAAUAUAAUUAUAACAGAUGACGAAAAAGUUGCGAAAAAAUGGGCGGAUGAUACGUUUGAGAUUCGACGUGUUAAAAUUGCUGAGGAAAAUUGGAGUACAUGGAAUCGCAUCGCGAAAUUUACUGCGGACCAUCCAUGGAUGUGGGCAGUGUAUCUAAUACUAAUUGCAAUACCAGUAGUAUUGAUAAUGUAUUUUUGCUGCUUUUCCGAGGACAAAACAGAUUUUAAAGACGAAGAAGAUGAAAGGUCAUUCUUAGGAUUAGGCAUCGAUGAGACCAUGGAAAACGAAAAUUCUGAGUUUGAACAAAGACCUGUUAUAGAAGAAAUAGGAGAUACAGAGAUAGAGACUGGAACAGAGGAAGUAAUAGAAAGUGAUAAGGAUACUGCACCGAUUAGUGAUGAAGGACCACGACGAAGAAAACCAAAUAAAGAAUAGGAAGAAGAAUAAUUAUAAAAAAAUUUAAUAAGAGUAUUAUCGCGCGCGUUAAGAUAUUUAUAUAAUACUAUCACAUUCCACACAUUACACUUGCCACUGUGGAUAGUAGGGUUACCAGUCACUAGUAAAUUCAGUCACUGCAAUGUGUGAUGCGAUAUUCAAUUACUCUUCUAAGAAUAUUGACAUUUGAUAUCAUGUACGAAAUCUUAUUAAUAUAUUUAAGGAAACUGUUCUCGAAUUAUACAUAUGCUUUUGUGUACUGAGUGAUGUAUGAUGUAUCUGUAUUCUUUGAAAUUUACACUGGAGUGUUCUCUUUUAAAAUGGACAAUGCCUUAAUGAUAUAGUAUAUAUUUGUGUUUUUAACUACAACAUUUUUUAAUGUUGUAGCAUUAAAGGAUAGUAUGAUUUAUUCACAUUUUAAAUGUUAUAUAUUUAAUGUUACAUUGAAACAA